AGAACUAGUGCUCUACAUUUUCUCUCCACUCACUACAGGCCUCACACGUGAACACAUGAGGCUCUACACGGCCAUUCACAUUCACAAAACCGAUCAGGUCUGGCUUUUUUCAGGAUGGGUUGGUGUCAGGGCCUUCUUCUCCUGGCUUUACCGUUUCUCGGGAUCUCAGCAUCAUUUUCCUCUUCACUCAAGACAAUCGCAGUGUUCGAAGGGACCGACGUCGUAAUCCCGCUGAGUGUAACCAGUGAACUGAACCUCACCGAAAUUCAGUGGACAUUCAAUUUGCUCCACAACACCAGGCUGCUGGCUAUGCUUAUCACAGGAGAGAGUUGGAGAGUUCUGACUCCGGACAAAAGAUUCAAGAUCACAGAAAACGGGUCCCUGGUGCUUGAAGAUGCCCACUUUGAGGAUGCUGGAGUCUAUAUAUGUCGCUUUUAUUUUUCAGAUUGCAGCAUUCAGAAACAUACAGUUAACCUGCAAGUUCAGACACACAAUAUCAGCAUAGAGAAGACGAUGGAGAAGAACUCUACAGCCAGUAAGACUUCCUUUACUCCUGUUUUACCUGCCCUAUCCAACACUCACUUCUCAUGA